UCUCCGACAGGGAUGCAACCUGGCCCCUCUGCUGUUCAACUUGUUCUUUGCCGCGAUGCUCAUGGUCGCCGUGGCCGAGUUCGACAAGGACCCCAAGGUGACGGCGGACAUGGUCAAGAUCGGGACACAAGGGGAGUACACGGGCAAGAAGGGCAGGUCGGCGGGGAGGAAGACAACGGUGGUGACGGACGCGGAGGCCCUGUGGGCCAUGCUCUACGCGGACGACGCGGCCAUCGUCUUGCGCUCGUCGGAGAGUCCCAAGAAGAUGAUGUCGGUCAUCGUGCGCGUGGCCGGCCUAUUCGGACUGAUGGUNNNNCAUCUCCGCGGACGGGAAGGCCGACCGGGAGAUCACAAGCCGCAGCUGCCGAGCGUGGAAGUGCUACCGCUGGGACAGUGCUUCGAUGUACGACAGGCGAAGGGCCGACCGCCAGCUCAAGAUCCGGCUACUCAAGGCUGA